AUGCCCGGCGCAAGAUCAGCGGCGGCGACAGCAACCGUGUCGACAGUCACCACAACUGCAGACGUCUUUGAAGCAGACAUUGUACGUCUUGUCCGUCUACACCAUAUUCACACCGUGGAGCUGCUCUCUGCAGCGGAGGAAACACAUGUGGGGGCGGCGGCAUCUUUCUCUUCUUCUCUCACUGCCCUUAUUGUGGUUGAGGCACGACUAACGAGCACUCUGACAUGGCAGCCUGAUUUGCGGAACCGAUUUCAGUGCGAAAAAAACUCCAAGUGCGACGGCAGUGUCUUCACAUAUCACAUCACUUUCCUGCAUCCAACAGACGCAGCGCCGGAGGCUUCGCCCUCCCUUCCACUCAAGUUGCCGCGAAAUUCACUCUGCGCAAGAUGGUGUACAGAGUUACAGCGCCGGUUAGCUGUUUGCUCGGCAUUGACGGGCUUCCCAACUCGUCUCUGUGUCUCACUUCUGCCGUAUGUUCCGAACCUCAUCUGGGACAGGGGACGCGAUGGGCUUCUCGGAGCAACGCACAGCACGACGAUGAUGUCAAGUCCUGCGGAAGGAAGUGUCGUCUACAGUGACGGUGAUUUCGCGGCUGAACAGUUGGUACGAGUAGCAAUACUUUUAAAUGCCAACAUCCCAUUGGGACCACGAGGGGGGCGAAAUACAGCGGUGUUGUUGCUUCAUGCCGCAGACGGUGAUAUUUGCUCUCUCACCCCCUCCUCUUCUCGUUUACUAACAUCUGAAGAGGGAAGAAAGCGACGGCGACAGUCGACUUUGAAAAGUGAGCGAUUGAAAACAGACAGGUUGGUUGAAAAGGAGUCAUUCUUUCCAUUGUUGUCUCGCUUCAGCGAAGCGUACAUUUUACCGAGGAUUUCAUGGGAAGCAGUGUGGUCUCGUCCUAUGCAAAUGGAGAAGGACAGUAGCCAUGAUGUGUGUGGAUUGCGCGAGCAGCUUGGGUGUAGUUUUUACUUGGAGGGUUCCCUUGACGCACGGAGUGCGCAGAGCAUUACUGUCAUUGUAGACGCUCCCUUUGAACUGUGGUGCCGUGCAGUUUACGGUGAUACCCCCAUUGGGUCAAGUGUUGACAAUGGCUUUUUGCAAGGGUUCCCGAGCUGCGUUGCGAAGACAGUUAUGGGCGCCCUGUCCCGCCUUGCAGCGGAGAACAUUGACUGCUUCAGACGACGAUUGACGUCGAUGUCAGGUGGGGUCGAGGGCGUGACGGAUGAGGAGGAAGGAGAGGAAGAAGGAGCGUCAACCCUCUCAGCAGCAGCGGUAUCCAAUCCCGUGCACCAGUCAUGGUCGCUGUUGGCCCAGAGUAUUGCUGACAGUCUUGCCCACAUUGUGCGAACUUCGCGGAACCGAGUUUUUGUUGCAGAGGUACAUCGGCUGCUGGCGAAUCAUCAAGGGGAUGAGAAGCCACAGACUGCAUGUUCUGAUGCCAAAGGCAAUCCCGCCGUCGAUUUGGGUUCCGGGGCUGAGUGCUCGCCGCCCCCUCUCGCUAAAACAAUUGCGCUACUCCGCUGGGCGGUUGAGACCCGUCUCAUGGAGCAGUGA